UUGUUUCAUCUCGUCCAUACAGCUUUCAGCCUUUCAACGGCCAAGUCGCUUACCUUUGGAUUUGGCUCCAUCCACUCCCCUCUGGCCUUCCCCUCCAAUCCAUCGUCUACGAUGCUACUGUCUGCAACUACUCCUCGACCACCUCUCUCGAACCCCAACUCUCUCGCCUUUAACCUCCAUUUCUGCACCAAUAUCAGCUCCCUUCGCUCUCUCAGAACUUACAUUCCCAAUCAUAGAAGACGCCCCUUCCUCCUCUUCACCCACGCUUCCUCUUCCCUCACUAAUCCUAACCCCCACACGCUCCGCCACGUAUCUAACCACGAUGAACCCGAGGGACCCCUGGUCUCCUCCGCCUCCGCCGUUGCCUCCGCCAUUCGCAGAGCUUCCACCUCCCCCGUUGAGUUCUUGCAGAGGACCGAAAAGGACCACAAGAGUCGCCUGGUUCUCCCGAGCCCUGAUUUUCAGCGACUCUGUAUCGAACAGUUAGACCUCUUUCGCCGAGUUCUUGAUCCCGACGCUCAGCUCUCGGUCUAUGUAAGGCCAGCCGGUAGUUAUGUGAUGGACCGUCUAGAGCUACGUCGCGCUACCGUUUAUCCUGGAGGAGUGGAUGUGUCCGACACUGUGAUAUUAGUCGGCACUUUCGGUGUUCCCACGGGUUUGCGCGCAGCAGAAGCUGCCCUUUCCAAUCAACAAGUAGAAGUCUUCGUGCCUGAGAACAGGGCCGUGGUCUUUCCGAUGGUGAAAAAUCCGUUUGUGGUGGGGUUCUUGGUUGCCGAGCUUCCGAUGUUGGAGCCAGGAGCGUGUGAGGAUGGGGUGAGUGAAGCGCAUGAUUUGAUUCACUACUUCCCUUCUCCGGAGGAAGCAUAUUCUUUGCCUCCAGGGUCGGGUAUCAAAUCCUGGGAAAUUCAAAGUGUCAAGAAUGAGCCAAUGAGAAUGUACAGGUUUAGUGCCGAGCAGAGAGCAAAUGCUAUCAACAUCUCUCGGUCUCUAGCAAUGGCAUAUGUUAUGGAUCAGAAAGCAAUGUUGCUCCAGCAAUCAUCAUGGCAAAAUAAUGUCAGGAUGUGUGAUCUGGUUGAGCAAAUUCGUGGUCCUCUUUCUAGUAUUCGGACUUUAGGUAAAAUGCUAUCUGUUCAGUUGAAGAAAAGUGAGGUACAUGCGUUGUGGUGCUUAUGUAACCUGGAAUUUAAUUAUGAAUAUAUUUUUUUUUCAUUUGUAAUUUGUAUACGGCUGAAAGAAACAAUUUUGCAGAUUUCUUAUGACAUUGUCAAAGACAUACUGGUGCAAGGUGAUCAUAUUAGAGAUACCCUUCAACAACUCCAGGAUGCAGUUUACUUGACAAAGGCUAAUAUAGUUCACUACAAUGAUGAAACAUUGAAGAAAGUGCACAAUUCUACUUAUGCCCAUGAGUCGGUGAGGUCUCAGUUACCAAAUAACCUUUCAAGCGAUGGUUCAAAAAAUAAGGUGCAAAAGUCUCUCGAGCCACUUUCUCUAAAUGCUGUAGCCAAGGAUUUAGAGAUGCCCCUCCCACCCCUGGCGCUUGCACCUCUACAACAUGGAAUUAGACCAUGCAAUAUUUCUACUGUGUUGGCAGAUUUGAUUGAGGCUGUGAGACCUCUUGCUCAUAAGCAGCAACGUGUAGUAGAACUAAGUGAACUUUCAGAUCCCCUGCAAGUUGCUGUGGAAGAACCUGCUUUGCGGCAGGCCCUGAGCAAUUUGAUCGAGGGUGCAUUAUUGCGUACACAUGUUGGAGGAAAGGUUGAAAUUGUGUCUACUGGAGCACCGGCAGGUGGUUCCCUUGUAGUUAUUGACGAUGAUGGGCCUGAUAUGCACUAUAUGACGCAGAUGCAUUCCCUUACACCAUUUGGAGCAGAUCUGUUUUCGGAAGAUAUGGUUGAAGAUAAUAUGACAUGGAACUUUGUUGCUGGGAUAGCUGUUGCUCGUGAGAUACUAGAGAGUUACGGCUGUGUACUCCGUAUCAUAUCUCCCCGGACCACGGAUGCUGCCCUUGGGGCAGGUGGAACUCGUGUGGAACUAUGGCUUCCAUUGUUUCUGGAAUCAUCUGAUUUGAAUGGCCACACUCAGAAGGAAUAGCAAGGAUUUUAGAUUUCAUGGGAGAGAUCUAACAUGGAAUAAAGAGAACGAUUAAUGCUGGGUUCAGUUGACAAGAAUGAGGCAGAAUAGAAUCCAAAAAUUCUUGCCUCGCUGGCUCAUUUUCGGUGUGUAUAAUUUUGAGGGCAUGCUGUAUAGUAUCUUCAUUUGUUUGUUUGUCCUCUUACUGCGGCAUACAGAUUGAGAAAUUUGUAGAUAGCAAAAAGGUUUAGGUUUUAUUGAAAGCUUAUAAGAAAGACAGAACACUUAAAUGUUAAAGCUACUGACUGAAUGUAUAUAUCUGUUAAGUGUAAAAAUAAUAUUUUGUCA